AUGGCUGCUCCUAUUGGCGAAACCGUCGCUAUCCCCGUUACCAAUGAACAUUUGAAAAAUGAAGCAGGCAUCACAAGCAGCGCUGUCGAUGCCGAGUCCACUGCAGCUCCCACCACUUCCUCGGCGGAAACCGUUGAACAGGAAGUGGCGGAGAAGGCAAAGGAGCUCGCCAAAGACAUCGGAGCCAUACCCGUCGGAUCCGAAAAGGAGGUGACUCCGUUGCAAAAUGGUACACACUCCAGCGAGGAGAAGGAGACCACUACUGCUCAGACACCUGUUGUUGCUUCCGAUGAGGCUGAAUCAAAUGGUGUCACAACCGAUGAACAGCCGUCAGUGGGUGAGGAGAAAGAGGCCUUGAAGGAAGAUAAGCCCUCUGUUGCAGAGCCUGCACCCGAAGCUACAAAAACGGACGAGAAGCCUGAAGAAGUCCCAGCCUCAGCCACCAUAGAGGCCGGGAAGUCGGAUGAGAACGUCGAUGCUCCGGUCGAGGAAGAAGCGUCCACAAAAAUAGCCGACGAGAAGGGGACGCACGAAGCUGAGGGCGAGAAGGUUGCAGACACUGCCGCUACCGAGCCGGAGGAAACGACUCCCAAGGAUGUUGAUACCACUUCUGCUGACCCGGCGCCUAUCGAAACCACAUUUGAGGCCCCGGCUGUCGAGACGGAGGAAUCGACUAGCACGGAAACAUUGAAUGAUGAGGCGACAAAGGAACCUACCGAUGAGCCUACUGAGGAAUCUGUUGUGACGAGUGAGCCGACGGAAGCUGCAGCGGCAACUGAAUCUAUCGCCCAGGAUUCUGCUACGGUUCAGCCUGCUGGCGAGUCGGCAGCCGAACAACUGGUCGAGGAACCAGCCACUUCAAAAGAAUCCGUGGAUGAAACAAAGGCGACAGAACCUGAAGGAGAGGGGGCUGAGACAUCAGCUGUGACUUCUACAGAAUCUGAGGAAACGCCUACGGCCGAAGAACCGGUCAAAGAGUCAACUCCGGCAGUAGAGGCUGUUUCGGAACCUGAAAAGGAAGCCCCGACUUCAGAACCAUUAGCAAAGAGCACAUUUGCAGAGGAUGAAGUGCCAGCAACUGAAAAGGAACCCCUCACUGAGCAGCAAACUUCCGAACCCACUGUUGAGAGGCCUUACACGGAGGAAACAAGCAAGGAGCCGACGGCCGAAGGGUCCCUAGCUGAGGAAAAGCCUGUGGCUGACUCACCAACGGAAGUUGGAGAUGAAACUAAGAUGGACAAUUCGGCAGCUGACACUGAAACUGUAGAGCCCGUCAAGACUACCACAGCCGAUGAGCCAACUCCAGCCGCAACCACUGAAACGGAAACGGCAGUUGAGGAGCCUAAGCUAGAAGAGCCCGUAGCUACUACUGAGGCUGCUGAUCCGGCUGAGGUGGAAGAAUCCACGGCCGUUCCUGAGGAUGUUGACUCAACAAAGGAGAUCAUAACAGAACAAGCAGCCGAAGGGUCCACAGAAAGCCAAACAGGAGCCGAUGAACUGGCCGCUGAGGUGCCUGCCGCGAAUACAGCAGCAGAGACCCUAGAAACCGCCAAGGAAUCUUCCACUGAGGAACCCGCUGCGGUUGUGCCUGUUGAAGAGCAGGUUAAAGAGCCUACGGCCGAAGAAUCCAAGGCCGAGGAACCUGCUGUUGUGGAAGAGACUAAGGCUGAGGAACCUGCUGUUGUGAAAGAGACCAAGGCUGAGGAACCUGCUGUUGUGGAAGAGACCAAGGCCGAGGAACCUGCUGUUGUGGAGGAGCCCACGACUGAGGAACCCAAGGCUGAGGAACCCAAGGUUGAGGAACCUGCUGUUGUGGAGGAGCCCACGACUGAGGAACCCAAGGCUGAGGAACCCAAGGCUGAGGCUCCUGCUGUUGUGGAGGAACCCACGAUUAAGGAACCUGCCGUUGUGGAGGAGACCAAGGCCGAGGAACCCAAGGCUGAGGAACCCAAGGCUGAGGCUCCUGCUGUUGUGGAGGAACCCACGAUUAAGGAACCUGCCGUUGUGGAGGAGACCAAGGCCGAGGAACCCGCUGUUGGGGUUGUAACUGUUGAAGAGCAGGUUGAGACUGUAGUUGAGGAACCCAAGGCUGAGGAGCAGCCGCCCACUGAGGAGUCCAAGGCCGAAGAGUCGGUUGAGGAUAUUGCAGCUGUCGAUGCUCCGGCAGAGACAGCCACCCCAGCAAAUGCGGGCCCGUCUGAAGAAUCCGAAAAGCAAACAGACACCGAAGAGCCUAAGCCGGAAGAAACAGUUGGUGAGUCGGCCAGCGAGCCCGCGAAGGGAGCUGCGACUGAGGAACCCAAGGUGGAGGCAACGGAAGUCGCUGUUGAACCUGCUGCGGAAACUAUUACGGAAGCUGCGACUGAGGAACCAAAAGAUGAGGAAGCUGUACCCGCUGUUGAGUCUGGUGAAGAUCUAGCCAAUGAAGCAGCAACCCCUCAGGCACCUGCCGAGGCUGUUCCAGAACAGGAGACUGUGACUGAGCAAAAAUUAGCUGCAAGUGAGGAUACACCGGUUGACAAAACAAUAAUUGAAAAGUCAGCUGAAGAGGUGACACCUGAUGAUGCGGCGGCGGCGGCGGAAGUGCCUGCCACCGAGGAAGCAUCAGUAGAUGCCCCUUCGACAGAGGUACCUGAGGAGCCCGCAAUCAAAGAGUCCACAGGCGCCCCUGUUGAAGAAAGGCCCGCGCCCGCUACUGCUGAGCCCUUGGAAGAGCCAGCAACGGAAACGCCAGCUGAAGUGUCCCCUGCAGAGCCGGAGGCCGCGGCGGCUGAGGAUCCUACCAAGAUUAUCGCCGAAGAGCAACCUGCCACAGAGGUUGACACUUCUAAGACAGCAGCGGCCGAAGAGUCCACCGAGACACCUAUCCAGGUCACAUCCACAGAAGAUCAAGCAGUGCCAAUUACUGCCACUGAAGAUCCCACUAAGGAAAAUGAAACUGGGGACCCUGUGGAAGAAGCUACUCAGCCAGAACCUGUUAAGGAGCUCGAAACGGAGAAGGCCACUGAAACUGUUGCUCCUGCAGCUGAACCAGAAACUUCCAAGGAGCCUGAAACCGAAACUGUUGCCCCUGAAGAGUCGGCCAGCAAAGAGCCAACUGAAGAUGAUUCCGCCAACGUUGAGUCUGCACCAGCGCAAAGUUCGACGCAGGACCCGGUGCCUGAGACCCUAGAUGAUGUUACAACUACGGAAGAAACUCACAACGCAAAGACCGAGGUUGUUGAGGAGCCAGCAAAGGAGGUAGCGGCCGCAGACCAAGCCUCCUCCGAAAUAGCUCAUGAAGAGCCGUUGAAGGAAGAGCCCACUGUACAGACAGCCGUUGCGAACACAGCUGCUGUCGAAGAACAAGAAACUGCCACUCUGAACGUCGAAACUGUCGAUCCCGUUGCAGACGAAACCGCGCAACCCUCCGAGCAGGCUUAUCAGAAAGGCGCCACCGAAAUCCUCGAGGAAAAGCCCAGUGCUUCUGAACCCGCCGUUGCUAAAGACCCCGAAACAAAUCCCGAAGCAACAGUCGAAUCCGAGGCCGAGGAGGUCCAGGUCCAACCCGCCCAGCCCGCCGAUAACGUGGCAGCCCAAGAAGAAGUUCCAGAGCCGCCUGAAGCCCAGGACCCCACAGCUGCUAAGGAAGAGGAAGAGUCCAAGGAUAAGGACAGUCUUUUGACUCCUGAAGUUAUCGCUGGGGGUGCUGCAGUUGCUGCUGCAGGUGCCGUUGCCGCCGGAGCAGCUGUCGUGGCGCACAAGGAAGAACCUGAAUCCACUCCAGUAAAAGAGAGCGAUGUGAAGACAAGUGAUUCGCUUGCUGUCCCCCCUCAAGUUCAGCCCUCCGCCAACAAAGAACCGGCAGAUACAUCCAAGGCACCAGCGACACCAGAACCCGCAGCCGACCCUGCGCUAGCUGCGCUUGCUGGCGAUGGCGAGGCCCUUCUGAGGAAGCUUGAACUGCCAUCCACCGAGCAACUCCCUGUUUCUACAGAAAAUGCUCCCAAAGACCCCAAGAAAACGAACCAAGAAAACGAGACAUCCACUGCCGUAGAGAGUGGCCCCUCCGCGAGCCUUCAACCACCCUCAACUACGGAAGGCACUACGGACAAUGUAGACAGUAAGGCAAUUGAUUCACGAUCUCCAAGUCAGAACCGGUCAGUCACUGCUGUUUCUCUUAAUAACAAGAACGACAGCUGGUUGAAGAGUAUCCUGCGUGCCGUGUUUGUCAAUUUCCUUGGUUCCAUUUUUGCACCCUUCCGCCGCCGUGGAAGGGCAAACUGA